GGCGGAGGGCCCACGCGGGCUCAGCUUUCCGGGUCGACAGUGGUGACUGUAGCCCAGCCUGCCGGGGAGCCGUUGGUUUUCCGAGUCGCUGUCUUCCAGGCUCCGUCAGUGGUCGGCAUGGCACAUGGGAAAAGAGCAUGACUUUGACUUUGUAGGUAGAAAUCGACGAGAACUUGCCCACCAGAAAAAUAUGAAGAAACCCCAGGAAAUUAGCAAGGGAAAAAGAAAAGAGGAUAGCUUGACUACCUCUCAGAGAAAGCAGAGGGACUCUGAGAUCAUGCAACAAAAGCAGAAGGCAGCUAAGGAGAAGUCUAUGCAGACCGGAGAAAAAUGAUGACUGGCUAUCUGGAAAGCCUGGGUGCUACUGCCGACUGGGUGCAUCAUAAGCUCUAAGGUCAAGACUUUGUAGAGUAGACCGUCAUUAAAUAUGUUUUAUCUUAUCCUUUAAAAACUAUUUUGAACUUCACCUUUCAGUUUGACUUAGUGCAGUGUUUUAGAAGCAGUCCUCAAAGAAUACAACACUACAUGCAUGUGGCGUAUUGGUGAACAUGAUUUUUAUUAGUUAACAUUUAUAUAUAAUUUAUUAGGUAAUAUGGUCAAAUAAUAGGAUCUCUCAUAUAAUAACGAUUCUUUGUCAUCAAAAAAAAAU